AUGUCCGGGCUUGAAAUCGUCGCCCUGAUCCCCGCCAUCGUCUCAGCCUUUGGCGCAAUCUCCGUCGAGUAUCGCGCAUGGAGAAAACGAAGAGACGACCGUCGCAGUCAGAGCAAGAAUGUCGCCCUGCAGAAACUGCUGGCCGGGAAUGGCGAGGCUGUGCAGGAUGAAUAUGAGGAGGAUCUCCGUCUUCUAGGGCCGGUCUUUCGCCGCGGUGACAGCACCGGACGAGAGUCCUUAAUGCACCAUCUUAUUAUCCUGCAAUCAACAGUCAUUUCGCUCCUCCGUGACCGGCACAAUGACCUGUCCUUCCUCAUCCAUCCAAACCACGAUUCAAUCAACAAAGCAACCAAAUCCGCUCGGACCGACAUUGUCACUGCAUUAUCUGAGCAGUACCAGCGUCUCUCACAGACACGUCCGAUCGCGCGACUGCCAGCCCCCACACACCGAUACAAGAACCAGCACCAGAACCAGCACCAGAAAUCAAAUUGCCUCAGAACCCUCACCUGCACCACGCGAAACAUCCCCAGCGAAGGCAUCCAGUUCGGCGGCGGGGUCGGAAUCGAAUUCAGCGACCUGGUUCUGCGUCACUACAGCUGCAAUGGGUGUGGCUGGGAGGUUACAUAUGGACCAGGUUCCGGAAGGAAAGGCCCCAAGACCAAGGACGGGCAGGUCCUAGACUGGAAGAUGGUCCUUGAUCGCUUCCAUUACCACGAUGGACUGAGGAAGCAGAAGAAUGGAUACCGGUGUUAUAUUUGUGGGGAGACAGACUUUGUGCCGAAGGGGCUGAGGAAGGUUUUUGGGCCUGCGGGCGUUUAUGAGGCCAUGUGGGAAGUGGUGGAGGCUCAUAUUCGGAAGAAGCACUAUUUUACGGAGUUUCAAUAG